AUGGAUGAGAAUGAGACAGCGCUAAUGAGAAAUGGAGGAAUACUAUUAGAAAAGUCGAUUGCCUUUAAUAAUGGCAGAGGUAAUCCUAUCCGUUGGUUCUCCGUUGACGAGCUCCAAACUGCAACAAAUAGUUACUCUCAAAAUAAUGUUAUUUAUGAAGGAGGAUGGCAUACACUUUAUAAGGGCUUUCUGCGAGAUCGUCCUGUAAUUGUGAAAAGAUACCGUAAUAAUAUUCAUGAAAGAGUUUGUCCUAUCAAUGAUAUUGUGUUUGCGUCAGAGAUGAGCAGGCAUAAAAAUGUUCUGAAAUUGCUAGGAUGCUGUUUAGAGUCCGAAAUUCCCAUUCUAGUUUUUGAAUAUGCUGAGAAAGGAAAACUACAGGAUUACAUCUACAAAACAGAUAGUGCAAGUUUUCGACCUUUAUUGUGGAAAAGUAGGUUGAAGAUUGCUGUUGAUGCAGCUAAUGUGAUUGCUUAUCUCCAUACUGCAUGUCCCAGACCCGUUGUUCAUAGGGAUAUUACACUCUCAAAUAUCUGGCUAGACGAAGACUAUGUAGCAAAAGUGACGGAUUUUACAGUAUCCAUGUCAAUUCUUGAAGGUGAAACCCACAUAGAGGAUUUUGUUCUAGGAACCUGCGGGUAUGCUGCUCCUGAGUACGUCCGUUCAGGAAUAUUCAAUGAGAAGAUUGAUGUUUUUAGUUUUGGAGUACUUCUUCUAGUUCUUCUGACUGACCAAAAACCAUUUCAAGGUAAUUGGGAAAAUAUACUAAAGGAUGCAAGGUUUGAUGAGAUCAUAGGCAGCUUAAUUGUUGAAAAGGGGUUAUGGUCUGAGAAAGAACAACUGGAAACUUUUUUAACCCGCACGCGGCAGAAGCUUGACUUGACCAUAGACCCCAUAAUCGUUGAAGAGGGGCCAUGGCCUGAAAAGGAGCAACAAUUGAAAGCUUUUUUAAUGCUUGGCGUUCAGUGCAUUGACCCGGAUGAAGAGAAUAGACCAGAAAUUACUGAUGUGGCAAAACAACUCAGACAUUUUUAUCUCUCUUAUUUCUAA